GAUGUAAAUACUACUUUGACACUUGGCGUUUGUAAACAUUUCACUUUGCAUCAAAUCAACUCAAUUGGAGCUAAGAAAUUUAAGUUUUAUAUAUUUUUUUAAAAGCUAUUUUUAUAAUUUAAGUCAUCAACAUGUUACGGAAUACAAUAAAAUUUGCUUGCAGUCGAUAUGGAUUACUUGGUGUUCGUCGACACAUUGCCAGUUUGUCGGCAUUAUCUGAAACACAUCAAAUGCUACAGAAGACGUGUCGCGAUUUUGCCGAUAAUGAAUUGAAGCCAAUCGCCGCUAAAAUCGACCGUGAACACCUGUAUCCGAAGGAACAGAUCGAGAAAAUGGGCGAAUUAGGAUUGAUGGGUCUUGUUGUGCCGGAAGAAAAUGGUGGAACUGGUCUCGAUUACUUGGCAUAUGCAAUUGCAAUGGAGGAAAUCUCCCGGGGUUGUGCCUCGGCUGGUGUAAUUAUGUCGGUGAAUAACUCAUUGUACUUGGGACCACUUUUACAAUGGGGCAAUGAUAAACAGAAGCAAGAUUUUGUGCAACCAUUUACAUUGGGCGAACGAGUCGGUUGUUUCGCCUUGUCUGAACCGGGCAAUGGUUCGGAUGCUGGUGCCGCAUCGACGACAGCCGUUCUAAAAGGUGAUAAAUACGUUCUAAAUGGAACUAAAGCCUGGAUCACAAAUGGAUACGAAGCUGAAGCGGCCGUCGUUUUUGCAACAACAAACAAAGAGUUAAAACACAAGGGUAUUUCAGCGUUUAUUGUACCAAAAGAUUUGCCGGGAUUUUCGUUGGGUAAAAAAGAAGACAAACUUGGUAUACGUGGUUCGUCAACGUGCUACCUCAUUUUCGAAGACUGUGAAAUACCGAAAGAGAACAUUAUCGGUGAAACGGGCUAUGGAUUUAAAAUUGCAAUGAAAACAUUGGACGCCGGUCGAAUUGGCAUUGCGAGUCAAGCACUUGGUAUUGCACAGGCGUCACUCGAGUGUGCCGUUGAUUAUGCUACGAAGCGAACGGCAUUCGGUAAACCAAUUGCAAAACUUCAAAGUAUUCAAUCAAAAAUCGCCGACAUGUCACUUCGGAUCGAAACGUCACGACUGUUGACUUGGCGAGCAGCUUGGCUCAAGGAUCAAGGCCAGAGCUACACAAAAGAAGCGGCAAUGGCAAAAUUAGCUGCAUCUGAAGCCGCCACAUUCUGCUCACAUCAAGCCAUCCAAGUACUGGGCGGAAUGGGCUAUGUCAGCGAUAUGCCAGCCGAACGCCAUUACCGAGAUGCACGUAUCACCGAAAUCUACGAAGGAACCUCCGAAAUUCAACGUCUUGUCAUCGCCGGUGCAGUCUUCAAAGAAUUAUCAUAAGAAUCGAAAACUUCUCCAUUUAAAGAUAAAAAAUCAUCGAGUUAAACACGAAUUCGCUUUGGUUUUUGAAAAUAUCUCUUUUUUUUUUUAAAUUUGGAUUCAUGAAAAAAAGUGUUUGUAACUUAUCUAAAUAAAAUGGUUCGUAACCAAAAAAAAACACAUUGGGAACACAUAUCAAUGGGAUUUUGGUGUUAACAGCCGGAAAAUUGACCGUUUGUUUUUUCUUUUCAAUUGUAUUUUUGUUGCUCUUUUUUUUCACUAUAUUAUAAUAAAAUGAAAUGAUGGAGAGGAAAAAAAAACAUUAUGC